AUGGCGGCGGGUUGGAGUUUGAGCCGCUCGGAACGGAAAGCGGCGGCUCGUGCCGAGUUCCUCCGGCAGGAAGAGCAGCGGGAGCGACGAAGACAGGUACCUGGACCUGCGGUUGGGGCGAGGGGGUUGUGGGUCUCUGAAGCGCUUGUGGGCGCAGGUGUUUCUGCCUUGCGCCCACGCCCCCUCCUUCCCCAUCAACCGCCCCCUUCUUUUUCUUUCUCUCCCUCUCCGUCUCUUUCUCCCCCGCCGUUCGGCGCCAGGUGUCGCGGAUCCUGCGCAAACCGGCGGCCGAGCGGAGCCCCGACGAGGCUGCGCUGCUCUCCGGCUGUCAGGAGAUCGUCCGGGAUCUGGAGCGACUUGGCAAGAAGCGCGAGAGGCUGCGGCGGCGGCUGGAGGAGGUGUGUGCGCCUUGCUAGCUGUGCCCCCUCUAUGCGUAAACGAGCGCGAGUGAGUACGGAGGAAAGAGGGUUUCUCGGCGGGGCAGCCACGUCAGUCGCUCGCCGGCGGCAGAAGCAACACCGAGUCACGCGUGGGGCACCCUAAGUGGGCGCUAGUCUACAAACGAGCCUGUUAGCCUUUACGGUGCUACGGCGACGCUUCACUUCUGUUGGGAUUAGAGUGAACGAGUGAGCUAGUGAGAAGGACGGAGGGGAUGAGCGGUAUUACCCAUGUAUACAUUUAUCUUGCUUGUUCAGCUACUACCUGCAGGUGACAAAACACACAGUGGAAAGUAUGUGGCCUCCUUAAGAAAUACGUUGUCCAAAGUAAAUUCUUUCCAACACUGCUUAGUGUGACUUGCCUAGGCCUCUGAUUAUUCUAUUUUUACUACUUGGCAAAACUUAUUCAAUUUUUUAAAAAAUUUAAUAUAUUUAGGCUGUUUUUCUGGGCAAAUGUCCAUCCAUGGCAGCUUGUGUUCAAAACCUAUAUACACUUAGAACUAUCCUUUAACAGCAGCCCCCACCCAUUUUUUAAAGCAGAGCCAGGAAGAACAUAGUUCAGUCAGACCAUUAUCUAGCUGAUAUAUGUCAUAUUCGGAAGAUCAGUUAAAAAGUGAAAAGUGUUUCUGAAAACCCUGCAGUGUAAUUUGACUGAGGGCUUUAAGGCAAUGGAGCCAGUUGCUGUUAGAGUAGCAUUUAAGUUGGCUUUCAGUUGUUACAAAAUCAAACUUCUGCUACAGCCCAAAGUUGAUUUGGUCCAUGUGCUUGAAAGUAAGUUCUGUUACAUCAGAACGCCUUCUAAAGAAAAAUGUUUAGGGUUAAUGCUCUUGUUAGCCAUCUCCUUGUUCUUGAUGAGCUGGUCCCCCCUCACUUAUUCCCACAUGUCAUUAAUGUAUCCUGUUUCUGACAUGUAAGACGUUUUUACUGAAGCUCUUUCUUCUAUUUCAUGUCUUCCUUUACAAAGCUUGUAGAGUUGAGGACAAAAGAAAGAGAGCGAAGGGAAGAGACUAAAAGACAUGGCUGAGUUUAUGUCAUGUGAUUAGAAUUAUACAGGGCUUAGCUGAAGUGGUCCUUUGGAAAUAAUUUCAGUCCCUCAUUCAUCCACUCUUAGGUUUGUGAUGAACCUGAAGAGUUGAAAAGAAAAGUCAGUAAGCUCUCUGCAGCUGUGCAGGGAGCAAAGCAUCUCAUCAUUUACACAGGAGCUGGCAUCAGUACGGUAAGACUGUGUGGUUGGCUGUUCUAAAAUCACCUGGUACAAGAUCCUAUAGUGGUUUGUAUUUAUUAGUGUGUGGCUACACAUUAUGUUCACCAUGCAAGAGCAGUCCAGCUCUGACUGUUGAGAAUCCUGUAGGCUCUCUCAGCAACAGAUAAAUAUAGAAGAAACUGUAUUCAAACUACUUUUGUUCCCACCUAGGGACAAUUAUCUGUUAAUGAGAGAGGUAAGCAAAAAUAAAACCAGCUUUUUCAUCCAUGCAUGUUUGAUUGUGAUUCCUGUGCAGUGUAUUCUGUCUGUUGGUUGGGGAGUUUGCAGAACAAGAAGAGCUAGACUGCUCUCUUGUGGUGAGUAUAACAUGUAGUGUGACUCUUGAUGUGAGUUGGGCCACUUUCACAAGUGAAACAGAACUGUUUUGAACUUAUGAAAAUAGUUUGUUGUAGUAUUGUUAACAGCUUUCUUAUUUAGAGGUAGGGAAGAGGCACUCCCAAUCAGAAGUAUGGGAAAUGUGGAUACUGAGAUGAUGGAACAACUGUUUUGAAUGUAUGCAGGAAAAUGGGAAGCUGUCUUAUAUGCAAUCAUAGAAUUGGUAUCUCUAGCUGAGUAUUGCCUAUUCUUUUUGUAAGCUGCUUUGGGUUUUUUCUACUAUCAAAUGGUAUAUAGAUUUCAUGAAAUAAACAUAUAUACUGACUGACAGUGACUUUUCAGCACUUCAGACGAGACUUUUGUAGCCCAAUUGAAGCUGUGACCUUUUGCAUGCCAGGCACAGGUGGUGGUGACAACGUUGUGGAGUUGCAUGAAAUACUGAUUUCAGCAUUUCAGAAGCAUUUUUAACUGAUUGGGUGGGAAUUCUGGCGUCUCAGAAUUCAUUUGAUUUUGCAUUGGAUAGUUAAUUAGUUGCCUGACACCCUUUGAGAUAGAUUAAGGUUUGGCCAUCGAAGAGGUUGUGUUAGAACUACUCUGGAUAAUAAGUGGGUGACAUGCUAAAUACAUUAAAGGAACGCCAGUUUUAACUGUCAUCAUGAUUCCUUGUGUCUCAGAGAAACAACUAGCAUUUUGCAUGCCCACCUAAGAACCAGUCUACAUAGCCAUUCUGCAUAUUAUGUUGCUUCAUGUUAAAGAACAUGUCUCUUUCAAUCUAGAAUACAGAAGACUCCUUUCAGAAAGCUGUCCCUAACAGGAAAGCUGCAGAAACAUCAUGUUCUUGCCUCUGGCUGUCCCAUGUUAUUGGGAAGAAAAGAGCAUUUUAUCAGACUUGCCUUUGGCAAAGCAGCUGUUGGACAGUGGGAGAUGCUGUUUGGCUGGCUGGGUUUUUCCAUUCUGUUAUGUUGUGCAACUACCGUAUUUUUUCGUGUAUAAGACGAGGAUUAUUUAUUUAAAAAUUAAGUUAAAAUUCGGGGGUCGUCUUAUACAUGGCAGUGUGGUGACGGGUGAUAGGUUGCUGCGGCUUGCAGGAGAUUGUCAUCUUUGAUUGGUGGUUGACUGGUGGAUGCGGCAAGAUCUGUUGUGGCUUUGCUGCCACUGCGGCAAUUUGGCGGGCGAUUGGUGAGUGCUGUUGGUGACCGUGCUUACGACUGAUGUCAUUGGCAAUGCGUGAGAAUGUCUAACAAUACAGUUAUUGUUCUAGAAGCUCUGUAACUGGGCAAUCCUCCCCCCAAAAAGCUUAACAACUCUUGGCAAUCUCCUCCCAUUUUCUUAAUUUGGAGUCCCCCAAAAUAGGAGGCAUCUUAUACACGGGGGCAUAUACUGUAUAUACUUGGAAAAAUACGGUAAUCUGCCUUAGCAAUUUGGGAGGCAGAAGAGCAGGACAGAUUAAUCACAUGUUUGCCAUGUGAGCAGCUUAAGUGCCCUAGCUAGGAAGAAGUUUGGAAUAAGAUUUUUCAUGAUGGAGGAAAAUGUUGAGGCCAUUUCUCAGGCAGAUUUCAGUAUGGUGUUAGUUGACUGAUGGGGGCAUGUGCUUGUAUCAUGAAGGGCUUUCAGUUUUGGAUGAUGGUAGCAGUGGAGAGAUGUCUGAGCAGGAGACUAUGGGGGUUGGCAGGGCUUUUAGGAUGUGGCAGACAAAGUUGCUGAUGAGUGUGGCUGUGUAUUGCUGAAGGUCCCUUUUCUCUUAUGUCUCCUGGUAACACAGGCAGCCUCAAUUCCUGACUACAGAGGCCCUAAUGGGGUAUGGACAAUGCUGCAGAAAGGGAGGAGUAUCAGGUAACCAAAACUUGACCAUUCAGAUGCUUGCCUGGUGCUUGGGAAAUUUCUUAGAAGAUCUUUUCCACCUUCUCAGAGAAGGCUCCACUGGAACAUGUGAGAUUGACUACCGAUAUUUAAUACAGUUUUUAUCUCCACUUGCCAGGGCUGUGGAUCUGAGUGAGGCAGAGCCCACACUCACCCACAUGAGCAUCGCCUGUUUGCACAACCACAAACUGGUAAGGCUGAAUAUUAGUCAAUCCUAUACACCCAGGGGCAAAAAGAGAUGGCACCAGUGGGGAACGUAGUUGAGGCAUUAAAUGUGAAACGGAUAUUAUGUCUGGAGAAUCUGAGAUGCUGGAGAGCCUCUCAGUGCAGAGGAUAAGGCCAUGCACCCCCUCCCUGCACAAAUACUGUAUUGUUAGACAAAGUGAAUCAGAUAUGGGGCUUAGAGUAGCAGAGAAAUAGACAGUCUUUGUAUGUGUGUUGGAGGCUGGCACUUAGGACUCCGAAAAUGAACCUCCCUGUUAGGUACUUGGUUCCUGCACAGGAUGGAAUUAUAGGUUGAAGUGAUAGCACAUAAAUAGAUAUUACUUGCUGUAAAAGGCAGCCAGAAUCCACGAAGAAUUAACAGGUUUGUGGCAUAUUGUAUGGGAGGUUUAUAGGCUGCUUAACACACUCUGUACUUUCUCGGUUACUUUAAAAGACUCCGGUAUGACACUGUAUAUUGACGGCACCAUAGAAAUGAUGCUGCAUGUGGGUUACAAAUACAUAGCGUUAAUUUUGGCACACUCCUCCAAGAGCUGUCUGCUUUUGAAAGCAAUUUCUUAAAUUAGGAAAUGAUGGAUUCUGUACCAGUCUGCGAAACCACCCAACUUGUUGAUGAUAUUCUCUCAUUUUGAAUACAAGGCUAUGUUGUCUUUUAUCAUUAACUCUGCUACUUUCACUCACUGGCACCUCAAAUAGAGGUGAGACCAUAGUGCUCACUCCUGGUGAGCAGAUAUUGUCCACCUAUGCUUUAUCAGGCAACCACAUUUAGCCACUGUCUCUGCGUUCCUGCUAAUCAGCUAUAUCUCCUCCACCUGUUUUGGCAGAGCAAUGAGAAAGGGAGGGGAAGGUUGGCUAUUUAACAUGCAAACUGUGCAGAUCAUAUCUUAACUGCUGAUAAAGGGAAACAAGAAGUGACUUGCUUUUAACUCUACUUUCUCCAUGCUUAACACUCUAAUUUUCCCUGUUUAGGUAAAGCAUGUGGUGUCACAAAACUGUGAUGGGCUCCACUUGCGCAGUGGGCUCCCUCGAGAAGCCCUAUCUGAGCUGCAUGGAAACAUGUAUAUAGAGGUGAGCAUAUGCAGAGAGCGGGGCUUAGUGUACCAUAGUACCAUAGGGAAUAAUAACUGAGGUUCUGUGCUUCCAUUCAAAAUUAGGUUUGCACAUCCUGCACACCCAAUCGUGAAUACGUGCGAGUGUUUGACGUGACGGAGCGCACAGCCUUGCACAGGCAUCAUACCGGCAGAGUGUGCCACAAAUGUGGGGCACAACUAAGAGAUACAAUUGUACACUUUGGGGAGAAGGGCAUCUUGCAGCAGCCCUUGAACUGGGAGGCAGCAAUAGAGGCUGCAAGCAAAGCAGAUGUGAUCCUGUGCUUGGGAUCUAGCUUGAAGGUAAGGCAGGAGAAAAUGUCAUUUGAUGUACAAUUGCACUAUACUCUGUAAUGGUUUUAUUUUUAAAAUUCUAGAAUUAUAUUGAAAUCGGCAGGCUGACACCUCAAUUUAUAGUCUUUAAGGUUUAUUGUGAAAGUGUUUGCUGCAACGUAGGCACAAAUAUGUAUGUAUUUCCUCCUUUAGAGCUUCUUAGAAAUGUAGCAAUAGAAUCCUUUGAGAAUAUUUUCCUGUGUCAUUGGUUAUAGCCAAAUAUAUGCCAGGGGAAGGUUAUGGAAACAGAUUUCAAAUAUCUGGUCAAAGAUAGGAAGCUUUUUAAAAAAAUUAAGUCUGAAAAGGCAAGCGUUUCAUAAAGCAAUUUGGUUUGUAUGAAUGUCUUGGCUUGCAUCCCCCCCUUUCAAUUAGAGAUUAAAACAGGAGUGGGAAACCUUUGGCCCUACAGACAUUUGUGAACUGCAGUUCCCAUCAGCUCUAGCAAGCAUGGCUGAUGGCCAGGGAUGACGAGAGUUGUAGUUCAGCAACAUCCGGUGAGCCAAAGGUCCCCAAACCUGGAUUAAAGUAAGGAUGUAUAUGGUUAAGUGGUUCAUAGCUAAAUAACCCAGGAUAUAUAUUUUUAAAGUUUCCCAAUAAGGCAGUUUGUAUUAUUUCAACAUGUUAGUGUUUGCCUCUCUAUGUAAAUGAGAAAUGUAAGAAUGAACUAAAGCAUACCUGAAUUGGCCUUAUACUAUAUUUGAGUAGUUUGCUAUUUUUAAAAUAUAAUCAUAUAAAUCCAGAAUAUGCAUUCCAGUUAAAAUACAGUAGACCCAUAACUUGUGCUGGUUGUGGGAUUGUGUUCCAAGCAUAGCACAUAAAGCCAAAAUUGCAUACAGUCAAAACACGUUGGGAUUGCCAAAGGUUUCCUAGACACCUCCAUAAUUAUUAUUAUUAUUAAAUUGCCAAGGGUGUCGAGCUGAAUGCGCACAAAUUAAACGUGCAUAAAUUGCGGGUCUGCUGUAUAGCUUUAUUGCUGUUAGAUCCUGAGACUUGCUAAAGAGUGCUAUAAAUGCUGUGCAAGAUCAAGGAAAGGCCCAUCUAGUCCAGCAUGCUUUGCAACAAUCCCAGCAACCAGCUGUUACUAGAUGUUCCAUCAGGAAUUGGCCAGUGUUUUACAAGAGGAUCAUCUCCUGCUUACAGUUCUACUUCUCCCCAUCCAUCUCCAUACUUUAGGGUGUUUUGAGGAAGUAUUUUUAGUUUAUACAGUUUUUCAUGUUUCUUGCCAAGUGGGACUGUAGUCCUAAGUACAUUUCCCUGGGAGGAAGCCGCAUUGGAACUUGACACCUAGGCCUGUUUUACUGUACAACCGUCUACCUGAGGUAAUAGCUAGCUGAGGUGACUGCUAGUUAUGUGUAUUUUAAUAGUUGCAAUACCUGAAAAAGUGUUUGGUUUGAGUCUUUUGGGCAUGCUAGCCAUUGGACUAUAAAUAUGAUCACUUAAAUUUUAGCAAAAGCCUGUGUGUUGCCCAUCAUCACUCCAGACAGUAUACUUGAGAUGUUUACUGGGACUGGUCAUUUGCAUUUGAUAGAAAUUCUGCUACAGAUGUUGAAUCCUGCAAAAGCCUUGGCAACCAUGUAAUCCUGGAAGUUGGUACCAGAAGACUGUUCCUGCUUCCCGCAUCCCUUCUAAGUAGUUUGCAGUAGGCAUUGGUUAAAGAUGAACACAAAUGACUAAAGAUGAACUGUGUUGCCACGUAUCUCAAAGUUUGGGACUCCUUCCCUCUUCUAGCACUGAUGAAUAUUUUGGUUGUGUUGUCCUUCUCACAACAGGUUUUGAAGAAGUAUCCACAUUUGUGGUGCAUGAGCAAACCACCCAGACACCGCCCUAAACUCUACAUUGUAAAUCUCCAGGUUAGUUUGAGCCUUGUCAUUUAUGGGCAGAGCAAUUUGCUCUGGUGAUAUAUGCAAGUGUAUAUGAUUACUUUAGUUGCUUCCAUGUGUUUAUAGGGUAGGACCAAAGUUCAAGGUUUAUUCCGUCAUGCAGCUGGACAAAUUUUGUGCAUUAUCAAAAAAUUGCGCAAUGUGAAAUAUGUUUUUGUGCAGUUGGGCAUAUGGGAUUGAAUAAGGAGCUAAGUAGUUUCUAAAAGAGAAAUAGAUAAGAAAAGAAAUGUUUAGGUUUAAAGGAUAUACAAAAAAUAAGCAAUUGACGUGUCUGAGUAGAAUGUAUGGUAAUGAAUGGGACAUCCCUAUGGACCAAAACUCUCUUCAUUGAUUGGUCCAUGGCUGAUAACACACUUGUCCUCCUAUUCCAUGUUGUCACUGGCAACCCCAGCAGCACCAGCUGGCAAGGGGGCUGCAGGGCGGAGCUCUUCAACUCUGCCCGCUGAUAUGUUGGAAUGAAGGGGCAAUAGCUUGGCGACCUUCCUGAGUGGCAGUUGCGGUGCCCCAUGAGCAUCGAGCAUGGCAGAGAGUGGGACUGGGAAUUGAUCAGGAGCAAGUAUCAUUGUAAAGCCCAUGCAACCAGCCAUUGCCCAAAUCUGCUCCUCAGUCUGCCCACACGAUCAUUGGGAGAUUUUCUGGGUCAGAAAGGGCUCGUUGUUGUUUUUUUAAUCUUGAAAUUUUGUGCCCAGGGCAAAGACCCCUGUGGCCCAUCCAUGCUAUGCCACUGUCUAGAAGCCAUCUGGUGGAUUCCUACUUAUCAUUGGUUGAAAGUAAUUCUGUAACAAGCCACAUUGUCAGAUUUCAAAUAAUUUUUUAUGUUGUUCACGUGUUUAUGUCGAAGUUUCGUUCCUUUGCCAUGGGAUAAACAUGUUACCAACAUUUUUACAAUAAAAGUGAAAACCUAGUACGUGACGCGUGAAAAUCAUUGUGAAUGUCAUGGUAGCAGUGCUAAGUCAGUUCACUUCAUUCACAGUAUUACUGUUCUGUCUACAGUGGACACCAAAGGAUGAUCUGGCAGCCCUGAAACUUCAUGGGAAAUGUGAUGAUGUGAUGAAGCUAUUGAUGGAUGAGCUGGGGCUUCCCAUCCCUUGCUAUGACAGGUCAGCAAAGAUAAUGCUCUGCUUGAGCUCUGUGCCCUUAUACACUAAUACUUCACUCUUGUAGAUAGUAGCAGAUUUUUGAAUGAGCAGAUUCUAAAUGUAGGUUCUUCUACAUUUAAUCUAAAUGUUGGUUCUUGUCUGCUUAUACAAUAUCAUACACAGAGGUUUAUAAUUAAAUAUAGCUUCUUGUUUCUUCAUAAUGUGAUGUAAUUUAAACAUGGCUUGUAUCAGGAUAGAAAUAUGCACUGAACAUACUUGCACUUGUGAGGACUUGCAGUCCAGCCCUGUUUUACUGGAGUAUAUCAUGCAUGGUUCUAAACACACCCUUUCACUUGAUACUUGGGCCUUAUGGUAAUUCUCUGGGUGCUGCAAACUUAAUAUUACAUAUUAUUGUGUUUGCAGAACAAAGGACCCCAUUUUCUCUUUGGCUGUUCCUCUGCAACCUGAAGAAGAAGGCAGUCACAGCAGGAGAGCUGUGGCUCCACCAGUAGGUCUUCAUGAAGUGCAGCUGGGAGAGCAACAGCAGACGCCCGUGGGACCCCUUUCUGGCGGCUGGUUUGGCAGGGGCUGUGCAAAAGGCACCAAGAAAAGAAAAGUGUCUUGA